UGCUGGAUCUAGUAAGUAGUAACACAAGACAUCAGCAAACCCUUCACCGGAGCAGUCCUAAAGAAGAUCGCCGUCAAGCAUUGAGGGAGGAGCCUCCCAUCGCCGCCACCUUUUUCCAGCUUGUGCCCAUUAACUUCCUUCCAGGGAUUACGCUAAUAUCAAUUAAGAAGCAUGAGAAACGCAACGAAAAUGGCGUCUUUGGAUCCAGAGAUUGCAAAGACGCAGGAAGAGCGCAAGAAGAAGGAGCAGCAACUCGCAUCCCUCAUUUCUCUCACCUUCGACACUGACCUCUAUGGCGGUUCCGACAAGGGCUCCUACCUCACCUCAAUCCCUGCCAACGAAGAUGGAGAGAAUAUCGAUGCCAUGGAUAACGAGGUUGCUCGCAAGGUUGCCUCCUAUACUGCCCCCAAAUCUCUGCUCAAGGAGAUGCCCGGUGGUGAUGACAGCGACGCCGGAUUGGGGUUCGGGAAGCUGCAGAAGAUUACCGACAGGGAGGGUGAGUACAGCCAAAGGAGGCUCAAGCAGCUCAUCGGAGCGCCACGAUCCCUUCUCUGAAGAGGGAGCAGGCGCUGAAGAGGGAGAAGGAGGAGACCUUGAAGGCCAUUGCGAAGAAGAAGAAGAAGGAAGAGGAGGAGGCUGCUAAGUGAGAGAGUGCUACUCAUUAGCAAGUGCUUGUUUGCGUCCAUUGAUUAAGAUAUCACUUGUCUGUUUUGCUUUUGAAUCCAACUAUUUACUUAUAGCUUAAAAUUAUUUCGUUGUUAUCAGUUUUUCCCAAUAUUUGCUUUUGAAUCCAACUAUUUGCUUUUGAAUCCAACUAUUAGUAUGACAGGUUUUGUUAACAAUUCACAUGCUCAAAGAUGAGGUCAUGCAUUAUUUGAUUUGGUGUUUUUAUUCUUUGUAUUCUUACUUUUGCUUUUUUGAAGACAAAUAAAGAAGCAUAUCGUUGGUGCACCAAGCUAA